AUGUCUCAAUCAGUGUCACCUAAGCCUCCAAUGCCUCACAGCAAUGGCAUCAAGUCUGCUCCCCAGCAAACAGACCAGGAAGUUCUUCCUUCGACAGAAACAUACUGCGAUACAGAAGUUAUUCAUACCGAUUCGGAAGCGGAGACGGAAAGGCUACGGGAGAGGAAAUUGGUGAGAAAGAUUGAUUUGAGACUUUGUACUAUUGCGGGGGUGUUGUGCAGUCUGAAUUUGCUUGAUAGUGGGAUUAUUAGCUCGGCUAGUGUCACAACCAUUUUUGAGGAUUUGGGGUUGGGGGUUGGGAAUAGAUAUUCUGUGUCUAUUCUGGUUUACACGGUUUCGAGUGUCACGUUCCAGCUGCCGGCUACUAUUGCAGUCAGAAUACUAGGGCCCAGGAUCACCUUCUCGUUGAUUACCAUGGCUUUUGGUUUGAUAACCAUGUGUACAGCUUUCAUCACGACCUGGCAGCAAAUGGUGGGUCUUAGAAUCCUGCUUGGAAUCACCCAAAGUGCUGUUUUUCCAGGCUUGAGCUACCUGAUUAGCACGUGGUAUACUCGCAAGGAGCAGCAAUUACGAUUUGCUUUUUUGCAGUCUGGAGAGGUGACUGUUGUUGGUCUGGGUGGAUUCCUGAAUUUUGGCCUCAAUCAUCUCAAUGGAACAGCCGGACUUGCGGGGUGGAGGUGGAUGUUUCUUGUUCAGGGUUUGAUUGCCAUCUUUGUAGGAUUUAUCACCUAUCUAUGGAUUGUUGAUUUUCCUGAGAACGCCCAUAACAGCUUCCGCUUUUUGACUGCAGAGGAGCAGCGAUUCGCAACUGAUAGAAUAACGGAAGAUCGAGGAGAUGUGAAAGCUGAUCCUUUCAGUUGGAAGAAGUGCGCUGUUCACUUCUUGGAUCCAAAGCUUUAUGGCUUCUGUGUUCUCUUUUUCUGUCUCAACCUGGUAUCGACAUCCCUUUCGUACUUCCUGCCUAUUAUUCUACAAUCUGGCAUGGGUUUCUCCACUGACCAAGCGAUUCUGCUUUCCGCGCCGCCUUACUUCUACGCGGUCAUUCCUGUGGUUAUUUCGUCGUUCUUCGGAGACAAGCUUCAGAUGAGAGGAGCCGUUAUCGUUUUCAAUUGUAUAUGCACGAUCGUUGGCUUCUCAAUGCUCGGGUUUUCUUCGCAAGUGUCUGUGAGAUAUGUGGGCACUUAUCUUUCCACUGGAGCGUAUGUCAGUAACUGGGCAGCAAUGACCGCAUAUCAAACGUCGAAUAUCGCUGGACAAUGGAAACGAGCAACCUUUGCCGCUUCUAUUACAGCUUGCAAUGGGCUGGGAGGAAUCGCUGGAUCCUUCAUUGUUAGACAACAAGAAGCCCCGACGUACAUCACGGCGAUUUGGAUCAGUAUUGCAUCUCAUAUUGUGAUCAUUGCUUUAGUCGCUGUUUUCUCUGUAUACUUUUGGUGGGCUAAUAAGCAACAGAGGAAAGGCAAAAAGAUUCUUGAGGGGACGAUGGACUUUAAAUAUACUUAUUAA